AUCGGCAACCAUGAGACCAACCGUCAUAAGGCUACAGACACUGCCAGCCAUGCCCUGCAUGUAAACAUAUGCUGUUUUUUUUAGCCUUUUUAGUCACUCUCAAUUAUAUUUUUGCUUCUUUUUCUCGUCAUUAUUUUUCUGAAGGUGUGAAAACGUUGUGUGUGCUUCCCGAAGCCGCGGCCAUGUGUGUUAGUGCACUGGGGAAAUGGAGGUCUGACGUUCGGUUACUGCUGUUGACGGUAAUGAUGAUGUUCUCCGUCUCCGGUUGUUCAAGCAUGGAUGUAACUGUGCCCAGUAAAAUCCACGUCAUGAAUGGAUCAGACAUCAAAAUCCCAUGCACUUUCACUUCCUGCUAUCAGAUAGACACAAACAAGUUUGUCAUGAACUGGACCUACCAUGAAUCAAUCAACGAUACCGAAAAAAUGUUUUUGGCGUACGAUAGGAAGAAAGGAAUGGUGGCUUUGUUUCCAGAGCGCUUUGGAGAAAGGGUGCUAUUUGCGGGCAACCUGGCAAAGAAUGACCUUUCCAUCACUCUAUUAGAUGUUCAGGAGGAAGAUGAAGGGAUUUACAACUGUUACGUGAUCAAUCCCCCGGACCGUAUACAUGGACACGGGGCCAUCAACCUUAAAGUUUCGACUGAACUUCCCCCCCCGAGAGACUCGACGAUCGCCGUUGCAAUCGGGGCAUCGGUGGGCGGAGCCCUUGCUCUCCUCAUCCUUUCCAUGGUGGUUGUGAAAUUUCUCCGUCAUCAUCUCAAACAGGAUCUGACCGCAGAGGAGAAGAUGGAGGAGGAGGGGAAAUUAGAGGCUGAAGGUGCCGCAGACGAAGGGACAAAGUAG